AUGGAGGGAGGCUAUACGUCGCGGGAACUCGAGUCCACCGCUAAAAAGCUCAGCGACGAAGAUGUCGCCUCCGCGCUUGUUGUGUCUCAUGGUGAAGAUGCGGGGGCGGACACCUCGGGGGUUGGCUGUGCUGGUUGUUCGAUGCAGAAGAAGCAGAGGGACAAGAAGCUGGCGUCCCAACAGGGCCGGCUUGUAUCGCUGGACGUGUUUCGAGGCGUUACGGUGGCGGUAAGAUCUUUUCUCUUUGCUAAUAUAUUCAAAGCCUAUCGAUCUGCAUUAUGACGCGUUCAGAUAGAUUUGAUCGUCAUCUGAUUUCAAUUUCUCUCUCUGCCUGUUAUUAAAAUGAAUCUGGGAGUAAUUUCUGUUGAAAGAAAAUCAGUAGCAGCCGAUGAACGGCCAGAUUGGAAAAUCGUAGUCCGUAGAUCUGGAAUGUGCCUUCUCCAUUUCCUUCUGGUACAUGGGUUUUCAUGGUCGGGGAGAAGAGAGGAAUAUGUAAGGUGUCUGGUCGUCUUUAAAUUUUUUCUAAAUUCUGCAAAGUAUCGGAGAUGAUUCCACGAAACCGUGACUAUUCCCAUUUUGUUUUACAUUUCUCCAUUCCCCACAAAAUUCCUCCCAAUCUCAGAUACGCAGGAUGACAGAAGAUGAACUACUGGUUUGGCUGGGAUCCGAUUUCUGUUGUUGUUUAUGUUGCUUCCCGGCACAUUAAAUCCCGUCUUAAAUAUCGCCUGCAAUCCGUCGCAAUCUUCACGUAAAGGGUCAUCAUUGUUACCUUCUUCUCCACACUUCCCACAGCCUCCUUUGUCGCCACUCCAUCUUCUGUUCCUUGGGCUGUCCCUCACUCUGCCUCAACGACUACGGACACGUCCAUUCUUCCCCCUCGGAACGUGCUCUGCAAGCCACCUAUGCCGUGAGCGUAAGGGGGGUUUCUGGCGCCGACUGAGUGAUAUAUCCCAAAACGGGGAACAGAAAUAAUAAGCCUCUUACCAUCGUUUUUACUUUCUGGUUCUCUUCCUCUACCCUGCCAUUUUCGAGAUUUCCUACCUUGGUCAUGCUGUCCCUAGAGAAUUCUUCUACUGCCUCAGUGAUCACCGAAAGUGAAGGAAAAAAAGUAAAAAUGUUACUAUUUUUCUGGAAAUCACCAAGGAGGAUGAACGAGUGGCCACCACUAACACCCCAGAUUCGACAGCCAUUGUGGUUGCCGUCUCUGAAGCACGGGUGCUGGGUUCUAUAUGCCCUGCCACCCACCCCUCCUGUUCUUGUCGUCGAUGGUGAUGGUGGGCCAGUCCUACCCUCGUUUCUCUUUCUCUCUUUCCCUAUGAUCUCUUUGGUAGGAUCCUUUUUCGUCAUGCGAGCGUCGGUCUUUUCAUUUCUCUCUCGCUGUCUUUGUAUUAACAGUUCCCUCCGCGGUUUGGGUUGCCUGGUCCUUCCCCAUACGGGGCUCUUGGACCCGCAGAUAGAUGGAUGGAUCUAGAUCCAGUCCCUUUUUCCGGAAGGGAAAGGGAUGGACGAAAGGGGCACGGACCGGAGUCUCGUGUCGCAACACGAGCACGCUGGAUCCCCCCAUCGAUUAUGCCCAACUACACAGGACAGACUGGGUGGAGGCUUUUCUUGGCGGCCUCUUGCGUCUCGUCGUAGGGCGGCGGAGGACGGCACCCCGGAGUUGUCGGGGCCAGUAUGCCCAACUUCACAGGACAGGCCUUCUGCUUGGAGUCCAGGUGAGGGACUUCCGGGUUGUCGGGUCCCCUAACCGGGCCAGGGUGGGGUGAGGAAGGGAGGUCUUUUAUUUUAGGUCCUGUCUGUAACUCAGUGGAUUUUUUCUCGGGAUGUGGUCGAGGCAAAAAGGUGUGCUUCCCCUUGCUAGUUGGUAGGCCGUGAAAGUUGAAUAUUUUAUCAGAUAAUUGUCACGUCGCAGUCUUCCCUCUUGUCCUGUACCCAGCCCACCCAAAACUCGAUUCCCGUACACUGUUGAGAAAGAAGAAAUUCCCCUGAUUUGUUACCCGGUUGACUCCACAAACCUUUGGUGGUUUCCCCAGGCGUCCCUAGCUGAAGCACCGGAGGAUUUCCCCCAGUGAGUAGAUACGGAACGUGGCCGUUUCUCUGUAGCGUCCCUUGUUCCAGCGGGGGACGACGCCGUGGAGGGUGUAUUGUACGGCCAGCGGUGCAUCUGCACCAUUCCCCUAAUUAGAUGCUUUAGAGUCCUGUAGGCCGGCAGAGAUUAGCAUACGUCUGCACUGGCUAUAUUUUUUAUUAAAGACUUGGUUGAAGGAAGAAGACAAUGCAGGGGCCUUUUUGAUAUUUUCCGCUCUAUUCAUUCAACGUUAUCCUGCUAGCGUACCGCAGGGUUCGAGUAGGUUGAGCUAAUGGGUCUCUACUUGUCGUACAUGUGACAUUCUCGUGGAUUCUUGUGAGAGGCUAAUAGUAAUCUUAAUCUAAAUAUCGUAUAAAAUAUGAUACUGUUGUUAACCCUUCGUCAACUUGAGUUCCGUCGAUAUUUACCUUGCCUUUCCGUUCCGUUGUGAUUUAUUCACCAUAAAUGCACACUUAUAAAAUGUAUGGAACUGUGGAUUAACCGUAGGGAUGGAUCUAUUUAUUUAAUCUUGCUUUCCAUUCGCUUAUUUAUCUUUGGAGCGAAAAGAUUUAGAGGGGUAGAACCUUCUGGGAAUGCUGAUUAGUUCGGUCGAUUUUUGGUUUCUCAGUAGGUCCCGAUGUUAGGUUUCUUUCUCGCCAGGCUAAAGUUUACCGAAUUGGAUGCUGCGAUUGGCUGGCGUCAAACAUUGAUAGCAUAUUAAGUAAAAUUAGGUUUCUACGCCUUACGGCCUAACUGAUUCGUCAUUGCCUUGCUCGCCUUAGUCACGGCACCUUCAUAUAAAUGAUAUGGGGUUGACCACAUCCCAGGAAAAAUCCGUGGGUAUUGUUCUAUGAUCCUUAGUCCUGCUGAUACAACUUUCUACAGUGGAAUGUGCAUUGCCUCGCUGAAAUUAUUUCAGACAUCUCCAUGUGAUAAGCCUUUCGAGUCCGAAGCACCUGUGAACUCGGGACUUUCUUUCAUUGAACUUGGAUUUUGUAAUCUGUUUUAUACCUCUUGAUUCUCUGCUUGUCCAAAAGGGUCAUAUUAGAAAUUUCUGAGUGCAAGGGCACACCGUCGUUCAACGGAUAUUAAUCAUGAUGUAUUUGGUUGUGACGUUGCCUUGAUAAUCUUCGUCACAGUUCGUGUUCAUCAUAUGUGCUAUAUUGUCAUAAUAUAUAUUACUUUGUGAUCAUAUUGUGAUGCAUUCUCUGAUGUCUUUAUCCCAUGCAGCUAAUGAUAUUUGUGGAUGAUGCUGGUGGACUAUUUCCUGCAAUAAAUCAUUCACCUUGGAAUGGAGUUACCCUGGCCGAUUUUGUCAUGCCAUUCUUCUUAUUUAUCGUCGGAGUUGCAUUGGCUUUUGCUUACAAGGUAACUCUUUUGGACGCAUACUAUAACGUUCAAGGUUUAAAAUAAAAUCUUAGAAUCAGGUUUAGUUUCUGUGUCAUCCUAGUAUGCAUAUUAUGCUUCAUCCUCCUUUUAAAGCAUCUAAUGUUUCAAGCUGUGUACAGAGAGUCUCAGACAGAGGUGUAGCAACACGAAAGGCCAUUCUUCGCGCUCUAAAGCUCUUAGUUCUUGGCCUUGUCCUGCAAGGUUUGUGACACCAUUACAUUGAUCGUAACAUUUGAUUUUUCUUAUGGAUCAGUAUUUAUUGAGUCAGUCUUCGUAUCUAGUUUUCAAACUUCUAUCUCUCAGGGGGGUACUUCCACGGGCUUAACAACUUAACUUAUGGUGUUGACAUAUUAAACAUCCGCUGGAUGGGUGUACUUCAAGUAAGCCUCUUCCUGUAUGCUUUUUGUUUUCACCCAGACUUAUUUCUUGGCUUUUUACAUGGUUUCACCCGAUUUUGACAGCUUUGCUGCUGUCCAAUUUUUUGUAAAAAUCAACAGCGUGCUAUUAUUGUCUCAUGUUUUGAAAGAUUGUUAGCACGCCUUGGGAGUCAGAGAUUUAAUUUUUUAUCGGAUAUCUCCUUGCUGGACAAUAAUUGUUUAGGCCACGUAGCUUCAUCCUGUGAUGUCGGAUUUGUUAAAACUCAUGUGCAUUCUUUGCUUGUGGGCUAAUCGAUUGAGGGUACGAAAAUCGGAUUCCAUUUUACUAAUACUUGGUUUAUUUCUCUUGUUCAUUCUUUUUCUUUUUUUCCUGCAGAGAAUAGCAUUCGCUUAUUUGUUAACAGCCGUAUGUGAGAUUUGGGUCAGAAAUGAUGAGGAUGUUGAUUCGGGGCUCUCUCUGCUGAGGAAGUAUAGGCUGCAAUUGUGAGUUCUACUCUUUCCCAUUGCUUGAUCAUCCAAUCAUGACCAUCUUUUUCUUUCAUAUCCCCGUCUUAGCCCACUAUGUGCCCACUUGGCAAAAUAUGAGGCCGCAGCUAAUCUACAGGCUUGAUAAAACAUCAACAAGCAUUGCCGAAUACCAACCAGAUCAGAUGCAGCUAAUCUACUUUCACUUUAACUCCGCAAGAUAGUGGAAAGCCGAUGUGGGCAUGGACUCAUUCUCAUUGACUAAUCUGAUAUUUUGAUUAUUCCAAUUCGAUUAAAGUCGGCAAUUUGUUUGACUUAAAGUUUGUACCUCAUUGUUAGAUCACAUCCCAUGACAGGUUACGAAUCUGCAAGUGAGUCCUACAAUAAACAUUCCUCGCCUAAUCCCAGUUCAUUUCAGGUUGGUGGCUCUGCUACUAUCAGCGACCUACAUUGCUCUCCUGUACGGUCUAUAUGUACCCGACUGGGAAUACCAGAUACCCAGUGAAGGCCUUUCACCCAAGACCUUUCAGGUGAGUCCUCAAACCUCUCACCGCACGUUGGAAAACUCUUCUUCUCCGUCGAACGUCACACCAACUCGCAUGAUUCGCUCAUCUUUUAUUUAACAAUUCUUCGCCCCCUUCCCCCUCUUAAUCAGGUGAAGUGUGGUGUCAGAGGAGACACUGGGCCUGGGUGCAAUGCCGUGGGAAUGAUUGACCGCAAGGUGCUGGGCAUUGAGCACUUGUACAGAAGACCCGUCUAUGUUCGGACGGGGGUACGUUCUGCGCCUAUAGAUGAGUAAUUGCUCAUUGAACCUGACCUCAUCGAUGCUGAUAAUCUCUGGGUUUUUCCUCUUUUUCUGGCUGACAGCAAUGCAGCGUCAAUUCACCCGAUUACGGCCCGCUUCCGCCUGAUUCCCCUGGAUGGUGCCAAGCCCCCUUCGAUCCUGAAGGGCUUCUUAGGUGGGUCGUCACCUUGGAUUCUGCCAGCGGGCGUUCUUCUCUAGGGUUCCUACUAGCUUCGGGCAGUAAAUCAUGAAAAGAGGAACCGGGCAUCGUUCCCAUGUUUGUGGGGAAGGCCCAGAAUCUCUCGUUGCUCCAUAAUCGAGCUCUCUCGUUGCUCAUCGGCCCCCUGUUUGUUAUGUUCCCUUGCAGUUCGGCGAUGGCCAUCGUUACCUGCUUGAUCGGGUUGCAGUUUGGGCACGUCAUUGUGCAUUUUAAGGUUUGUACACCUCUGCCCUCCGUCCGGGCGUGCUGGGGAGAUAAACUAUUUCCCUUUGAUUUCUGAUGGAUUGAACUGAUCUGCUCCUUGCAGGAUCACAAGGACAGGAUUCUGCGGUGGAUGAUGCCCUCCUUCUGCAUGCUGGCCGUGGCCUUCUCCAUGGAUUUCUUCGGUACGGAGUAUUUAUUGACGAUUCUUUAUUCAUUGCAGUCCUUCCCCCCUGGAUUUUUUGCUCUUCUUCCUCUCCUAAGCUCCUGCCCUCAUUUCUUUCAGGAAUGCACAUGAACAAGGCUCUGUACUCGCUCAGUUACACCUGCGCCACCGCUGGCGCUGCCGGGAUCCUCUUCACUGGAAUCUAUGUCCUGGUAAGAAGAGGGAGACUACUCUCUGAUCAAACAGUUCAUGGUUACUUACACUAAUGAUUCCUUAACGUCCAUUCGAUGUAUGUUCACUGUCCGGCUCUCUCUCUCUCUCUCUCUCUCUCGAGAUAUCUCUCCCUAUUUAUUUAUCUCUAGUGGUGGGUUCCCUAUUUUUCACAGGUCGACGUUUACGGCUACAGGCGGCCCACGCUUGUGGUCGAAUGGAUGGGCACGCAUGCUCUGAUGAUCUACGUCCUCCUCGCAUGCAACAUCUUCCCGGUGCUCAUCCAGGGCUUCUACUGGGGAGACCCCAAGAACAACAUCGUGAGCACCCUCCGCUCUCUCUCUCUCUCUCUCUCUCUCUCUCUGUCUUUCCCUCUCUAACGUGGGGACGUUUGUGUGGCGAACAGCUGCACCUGGUGCGAAUCGGAGUGUGA